AUGGGCGGCUUUGCAGGGGGAGCUCUUGCAGCAGCCGUCACCCAAGCAGGAGGCGUUGGUAUGAUAGGAGGCGUCAUGGUCCCGGAGAUUGACAAAGAGUUGAACAUUGCGUCCAAGGCACUCGCUAAUACUACUACCGGGCCUGCGAAGACGCUGCCCAUCGGCAUCGGCCUAUUGCCAUUCGCCCUACGGGUCGAAUCAGUAUUGCCGGUCCUUGAAAAGUACAACCCGGCAAUCGUAUGGCUCUUUGCGGCAAAAGAACUAGGGGACUAUGCCGAGUGGACCACUCAGUUCAGGAAGGUCUGUCCACAGUCCGCAGUUUGGAUCCAGGUGGGCAGUGCGACGGCCGCACUUACCGUUGCACAAUCGGCGAAACCGGACGCCCUGAUCAUGCAAGGCGCUGAUGCUGGCGGUCAUGGCUUUGAGAGGGGUGCAAGUAUAGUCUCUUUGUUGCCGGAGACAAGUGAUGUCCUCAAUGCGAAUGGACUCGAGAACCUUCCGCUUCUCGCCUCGGGUGGCAUUGUGGACGCUCGUGGUGCAGCCGGGGCCUUCGCAUUGGGGGCUGCAGGUGUGGUGAUGGGGACGAGAUUCCUUGCUGCGAAAGAAACGAUCGUCCCGUCUGGGUACCGCGAGCUCGUCCUUGCUGCGAAGGAUGGAGGACAAGCGACGGUGCGGAGCAAGCUGUUCGACAACGUCAAGCAGCCAAAUAUCUGGCCAGAACCGUACGAUGGGAGGAGUCUGGUCACGAACAGUUACAUCGAUCAUGUAGAGGGUGUCAGCAUCGAGGAGAUACGCGAUAAGCAUAACAAAGCCGUGGUUGGGGAGGACCUUGGAUUUAGCACGAACAUUCCACGGACCUUGGAUUCAGCACGAAGAAUGUUCGUGCUAAUGUGUGGGCUGGUGCCGGUGUAG